AUAUAGAAAAGAAAAAGUAAAACAGCGCAGAUCCUUUGAGAUUGUGAGUAACAUCUUUCUCUCUCUAGGGUUCGAUAAUUAAAUCGAGAGUUGUGAAGAAGAAGUGUGUUAUCUUCUUCGUUCGGAAUCGUUACCUUUGUGCUUAACAUUUGCGUUCAACCAGAAUCGAUCUCAUGGCACCUCCACCAGGACCUUAUUCUGGAACCAGCACCCUAGCUUUGGUCGCAAGAGCUUCUGUUUUCUCAUUCGGUAUUGUUUAUGGAAGUAUUAAGCUCAAGUACCUUAAGUCAAAAGCUAAGUCUCAACAGAAAGCUGAGGCCAAGUCUCAUCACUGAAAGCAGUGAGAUUGAUGGAGCAGAAAACCAAAAUAAUUCAUGACAUGGAACUGUACCAUGUUUUCUCCCAAUUUUUUCGUUUUCUGAUUUAAGCUUUGGUUAAUCAUAAAGCAUUGAGUUUAGUGCAUUGAGAAGAUGUUCAAAGUAUGAUGGUUUUGCCCUGUUUUAAUAGUUACCUACUCUCAUUUUGAGUUCCAAGUUUAUAUUGCAAGGGCCUGCUAUACAUUGUUUUUCAUUUGCUUCUAGACUGGAAAAAGUUAUUCACUAA